GUCGGGUUCUGUGGCAGGCAGGUUUUGAGGUUAUCUUACGAGAAACAUACAUCGAACCGAUAAAAUUUGAUGUACGAUAAUUUUUUGAAUAAAAUGUUCAAGUUUUCAUCUAAGAAUUUAAAAUUAGUGAGUAAUGUAUUGAAGCAAACAUCAGGUUUGCUUAUUCAAAAUAAUAAUUGUUGCGGCGUUAUCAAACUUCGCUGCAUCUCAACCGGAAUAUCGAAUUUUACAGAUCAAACAGCGGAUAAAAUUAAAUCUCCAUUGGGAAAUCUGAUAGCCAAGGAUAAAGAUAUAAGAGAAAAUCAAAUCAAAGAAUCAAGCGAAAAUGAAGAUGAAGCUAGGAAGAAAAGAGAACAUGCAUGGAGAACUAUGAAAAUCACUCUAUCAUUGUUUGGUAUUAGCUUUACAAUUCUAGGAGGUUAUCUGAUAUUUACUUUGGGUGCCCCAACAACUGAUCCUGAUCAAAUAAAUCUACAUCAUGACAUAGCGAAUAAACCUGUAUGGCAACAAUAUAUUAUUCGAACAUAUAGGGAGCUAGAUUUCUAUACAAGACUCAUUCAAGAACCCUCACGACAGAAACUUCUACCAGAUCCUUUACAAUAUCCAUAUCUUCAACCAAAGUAUACAUUGGUUUUAGAAAUAACUGAUGUUCUGGUUCACCCAGAUUGGACCUACAAUACUGGAUGGAGGUUCAAAAAACGCCCAGGUUUGGAUUAUUUCUUAGAGUCACUUCAUGGUGUUUAUGAGAUAGUAGUAUACACUGCCGAACAAGGUAUGACUCUAUUUCCUUUAUGUGAGGCAAUAGACCCUAAAAAUAUUAUUGCUUAUAAACUCCCUCGAGAUACUACUUACUUUAGUGGAGGUUACCAUGUUAAAAGUUUGGAUAGGCUUAAUAGAGACCUGAGCAAGGUGAUUGCUAUCGAUUGGCAACCUCAAAACCUUAAAUUCCAUCCUGAAAACCUUCUGGCAAUCAAAAGGUGGGAUGGAUCUGAUACUGAUCAAACAAUGAUAGAUCUUGUUGCUUUUUUGAAGAGUAUUGCUGAGAACGAGAUAGAAGAUGUGAGGGAAGUUUUAACUCAUUAUCGUGCUUUUGAUGAUCCUAUUGAAGCAUUUAAAGAGAAGAGAAAGAUGCUACUAGAGCAAUUAGAGGCAGAGGCAGCAGCCAAAAGAGAGCAGGAAGCUUCAAAAGUCAAAAGAUGGAGACCUUCAAUAUUCAAUAAGAGUUUCUAAUAUUCUAUCUGUACGUGUUUAAAUGUUUUGUUAAAUGUUCUUUAUUCAUUCAAUAGUUGAAUAAUGUUUUUUGUUGAUGAUUCCAAUAAAGUUUUUGACAAGUA